AUGGCGAGAGUGGCGGAGAACUCCGUGCUCAGAAAUGAGCUGUACGCGGCUUUUAUGGUGAACGAGCUGCUGGACCGUGCUGCCAUAACACUCAAUGUUGGUUCAAUCCUGCCCCUAGAGUUCUAUGCACAUCAACGCCGAGUCCUUGGAACCAUCACCAUCAUCAAGCAGCUUCACAGAGCUAGUUUGUCCCCUCACACUGCAUGUUCAGCUGGCCAGGGUAGCGGUAAGUUUAGUAUUCCUGCAUGUACGGAGCAUUGCUCGUAUAAGAGUAACUUGAACUGGCACGCGAUGGCUGCUACUGUGCUUUCAUGUGCAAGUGCCGACACGGCAAGCAGAACAAUGGCUUGUGCCAUCCUGUGCAUUGUAGGCAGACGCAUAAGAGAAAUUGCAUGCAUGCACGCGAGCAGCGGUAUGGCAUACGAGUAA